CUGCAAUCUUCUCCAGGGCAUCCAUAUUUAACUACCCCUUCACUUUUAUUUAUUGAUUGACUAAACUAAAAAAUUCCGUAUAUAUCCAUCUUCUUCACUCUCUGCUUGCUUCUUACAAAGACCCCUCUCUCUCUCUUGAAAUGGUGUUUUCUUCCUUAGUCUAAGGUUGUUUAGCUCCUCGAUAAUCACAGUGCCGGGCGCAGGUAUGAUGAGGCGAAGGGGACUCAGUUGCACUCCACACAAAAGAAUGAUAAGCAUCGACUUUGAUGAACAAAACAGAGUUACAACAUAUGAUGGACUUGAGAGGUGCAUCAAGCAAAGUCAAUCCUGUGAUGAUGGCAAUGAAAGCUCCGCUAGCAGAAGCGUUACUACAGACUCUUCUUUGUUUGAUGAUGAUGCCAGCAGCAGCAGCAGCAACACUUCUAGCAACAACACUGCUUUUCAAUCAUCAUCACUCCUCACCUCCUCUGAUUGGACAGCGGCUAUAAUGAAGCGGGAACCUGAAAUGUGUGAAUUCUCAGCAAUCCCUUCCCCUCAGCAACCCCACACCUAUGCCAAGGAAAAAGUAACUGAGUGUCUGGUUGUGGUGGAAGCAAUGAAAGUGAAAUUCUCAAAGUUGUUGCUUGGGGAGGACAUGACAGGGGGGAGCAAUGGGAUUUCAACCGCACUCGCUUUAUCAAAUGCCAUAUUGAAUCUUUCAACGUCUGUUUUCGGUGAGCUGCGGAAACUGGAACCGCUUUCUGAGGAGAAGAAGAGAAUAUGGCAACAAGAAAUGGAGUGGUUUCUAUCCCCAACCAACUAUAUGGUUGAGUUGGUACCAUCCACCCAAAAUGGUGACAAUGGCUGCAUUUAUGAGAUAAUGACACCAAAAGCUCGUCCUGAUGUUCAGAUGAAUCUUCCCGCCCUUCAAAAGUUGGACACCAUGCUUAUUGAAACCCUGGAUUCUAUGGUGAAUAUGGAGUUUUGGUACUCAGAAGUGGGUAGCAGCCGAGCAGAAGGGAGGAGUAAACGGUGGUGGUUUCCUUCACCUCAGGUGCCAAAGAGAGGGCUAUGUGAUGGUGAAAGAAAGAAACUGAUGGACACUGGUAAAUUGGUAAACCAGAUACUGAAAGCUUCUAAAGCUAUCAAUGAAAAUGUCUUGCUUGAAAUGACUGUUCCAGCUUUCAUCAGAGAUGCAAUUCCAAAGUCUGCCAAGGCAAACCUGGGAGAGGAUCUAUACCAGAUUUUGACAAGAGAAAGAGUUGGUACAUUUGAUGACAUGGUUGAAUCUCUGAACCUGAAAACAGAGCACAAUGCACUGGAGACAAUAAACAGGUUGGAGGCAGCAAUUCUCGUGUGGAAAGAGAAAAUGGCAGAGGAAGCAGAAGGCGUUCCAAUGUUUUGGUCGUCUUUCAUUAAACAUCCAAAAACAGUUGAGGUAGUUGAUGUAAUCAAUGUUUCACUGAAUCAUGCUGAAGCUCUUCUAUGGAAGAUCAGAACUAGAUAUCCAAACCUUCCACAUACAUUCCUUGACAUGAUGAAGAUUCAAUAUGGCAAGGAUAUUGGGCAUGCAAUACUUGAAGCGUAUUCUCGGGUUCUUGGAAACCUUGCAUAUACCAUACUCACAAGAAUAGGAGCAAUUCUGCAAGAAGAUAUUUUGAGCAACCUAAAUUCCCCAGCAAAAGGAUUGCAUCUUCACGGCGGGGCAACAGUGGGGACCAAUGUGAGAAGGCACUCACUCAUUGAUCAGAUGAACAAACAUGCCCCUUUCUCCUCUUGUGGCACCAAUGCUUCUGAUUUGGAAAUGGAAGAAGAGAUCAACUCAACGAGAGGCUUGAUUACUUCUUCAACACCCAGUAGAACGCGCGUUUGGUGUCUCAGCAGAGAAGUCUGCAGAAGCAAGUCAACCAAGAAUUUGCCUUAGGGUGUAUUUGGUUGUUUCCUAGGCACGCAUGCACUUUCACGGGAAAAUAAACUCAUUCUGAGAUAUUGUUUAGGGGAUGAGUCAAACUCAAUCUUUUUAUCUUCCAAGGGAAAGUCAACACUUUCUAAGUGAAAGAGACAGUAGCGUCUUAUUGUGUAUUUUCUGAUAGUAUGCAUAGGCUAACUGUAUGAACAUUUUACUUCCAAACAAAAGGCAGCUUGUAAUGUCAGCAGAGGUGGAUGAUGUAGUAGCUUUUAAAGGAUGCAUUUAUAGUUGGACCUGAUGAAUGCUUAAAAGUUGAUCAACAUUUCAAUUGAUCAUUGGUCUUCCCAGCCACUCAAUAUAAUAAAGAUUAAAAUAAUUAUCAGAAAAAAUAUUUCAAAAGUAAAGGAUAGCACAAUAUCUUUAUAUAUUUAAAUAACUAGUGGCUAAUUACUUUUAUCAUGAAAACAUAGUUAAUUAUUGUGAAACAUCACUUAAAAACACUUGUCAUAAUACCUUAUGCAAACAAUUACCUUCAAACUUCCAAGUUAAUAGACUAGCCACUAAUGCAGUAAGAUAAUUGCAAAAGAGGGCCAUCUAUUGUGGAUGAAUGAUUUCCAAGCAAGAAUAUGUUCAUUCCUCAGCUAGCAAAUGGAUAAUUUAGCAUAUAUAACUUUAGAUGCAUGAAUGAAUAGUAACCACCAAACCUCAACACACUGUACUUAGUGAGAGAGAAGAUCAAGCCAGUUGGUGAUGGUUGUAGCAAGCCUUCUGGUGUCAUUAACUGACACAUUCUUUAGUACUUGCCCUAAAGCAUCUGCUGGGGUAUAGACGUUCCCAACUUCCCACCUCAGUUCCU